AUGGCUAGCUACGCUGUGUCCAGGGGAGCGGCCAGAUUCACCGAGGAGCAGGAGGCGUUGGUCAUCAAGUCGUGGAACAUCAUGAAAGAUGAUUCUGCCAACAUUGGCCAUCGCUUCUUCUUGAAGAUCUUCGAGAUCGCACCAUCGGUGCGCCAACUGUUCUCGUUCCUGUGCAACUCCGACGUGUCGCUAGAGAAUAACCCCAAGCUCAGGGCCCACGCCAUGUCCGUCUUCGUAAUGACGUGUGAGGCGGCUGCGCAACUGCGGGAAACCGGGAAGGUCACUGUGAGGGACACCACCCUCAGGAGGCUGGGCACCACGCACUUCAAGAAGGGUGUCUCUGACGGCCAUUUCGAGGUGGCGAAGUUUGCGUUGCUUGAGACGAUCAAGGACGGGGUUCCGGCUAGCAUGUGGAGUCCGGCAAUGAAGAAUGCGUGGGGCGAAGCAUACGACCACCUGGUUGCCGCCAUCAAGCAAGAGAUGAAGCCCGCUGCUCUGUUAUAAGCAUAGUAGCCACACCUUCUUGCAUGGGCCUCCGAUCCAUAGCCCGUCAAUGUCAUUUGCUGAUUUUGUUUGCUCGCCUAUUCACUUUGGUGCCAUUGUUCUCAUUUUAACUUUGGUAUUCCUGAGUCUGUCAGCGUGUACGUACAUUGUUACACACAUCUGUUGUUUUUUCGUGUGA